GGACCCUGCUAAAACUCGUCUCCUAUGACUCAGUCCGCCGCCCAAGUCUCCUUCUAAGCUGACUCUCUUUUCUUACAAACCUAACCCAAUCUCCCUUGGAAGGCCAGAGCAUCCACCAUGGCCGACCACCACCAACACCACCACCACCAGCACCGCCCUCACCGCAUCUCCGUCCCUCCACGCGAAUCUACCUUCUCCCCCGCUUCCUCUACCAUCACCACCUCAUUGUCCAGACCCUACCCUGUUUAUUCGUAUUCCUCUACAACCCCGACUCCAACCCCAUCAAAACAACGCCUUUCUUCUCUUUCCCUUCCCUCGAAAUCCUCUUCCUCCUCUAAAUCUUCCCUUCCUUUUCUAUUUCUCCUUCUCUUCUCUCUUCGCUCCCUCUACUCUCUCCUCCCUUUCCUUCGAUCAUCUCCUUCUUUUUCUCUCUUCCCUUUCUCUUUCCUUGUCUCUUUACUUUCCUUUCUUCUUUCUCUCGCUUUCUCUCUCAUCUCCUCUCCUUCCCCUAAAACCCCUUUUCACUUGAGGAAUCCUAACCAACCCAUUUUCUCACUCUCCUCAAUUUCCCAAUCCCAGCACAAGCUCUUGCUAUCGAAAUCUCUGCUACUUGCUGUUGUUUUCCUCCUUAGAUUUCAAGCACUUCGUUAUUGUGGAACUGCAGCUAUGAUUCUCGCUGAAUUGUCUGGAAACGUUACUGCUCGAUUCGUUGUUGAGGUGAAAAAGCGUAGUGUUGGUGCUAGUCGAUAUGGGAAUCAUAAUGGUAAUAAGUUAUCUGGAUUUUUGGCUCUUUUUCUUGGGAUGUUUCUGUUGUCAAUAAGUUGGGAUCGGAUUGAUUGUUUUCCAUUAUCAACUUCCUUCAUUGUUAGACAUGGAUUUUCGGUGUUUCCCAGGCAGAAUUGUUUUAGGAUUUCGCCCAUGUUGUUGCCGUUUUUAUCUGGGUUUUUGGGUUGUUAUGAACGUGUUUCAUUGAAUUCGGGUACAAUUAGGCAAUUGGGUCAGAAACGAAUUCGCUUGAUUUCAUUGUUUUAUACAACAGUUUUGCUGUUUAUUCCUGCUGUUGUGAGUUUUAUGUUGUUUGAAAGAGAUAAGGCUGGUGUUUCUAUUGGGAAUUUUGGUUGGCCAUUGGCUAAUACUGUUGUUUUUGGAGUGCUGUUGAGUGAGAAUUAUAGUGAAGACAAGCUAGUGUCUUCUAAGGACUUCCACAGAGAGUUUUUUGUUACAUUUGUUUGCACUAUUGUUUUGGAGCUAUUCUACUUCCCGGAGCUGUCACUUUGGGGUCUUUUGUUAUGUGGUUUGUUAUUGUAUUUUGGUGUUAGGAAGUUGGAUCCUUUCUAUUCAAAUUACCUUGAACUAGGAUUGGAAUCACCAGAACCACUUAGUACUUCGAUUAUGAAGCCAAUCCGCCACAUUUUGAGUGAGAGAAAAUCUCGCAAGAUUGCACUUUUUCUUCUGAUUAACACUGGUUACAUGGUUGUUGAAUUUGUUGCUGGGUUCAUGAGUAACAGUCUUGGAUUGAUUUCGGAUGCUUGUCACAUGUUGUUUGAUUGUGCUGCUUUGGCAAUAGGUCUAUAUGCUUCUUAUAUUUCACGUUUGCCUGCAAAUAGUCAGUUCAACUAUGGACGGGGAAGGGUUGAGGUUCUUUCAGGAUAUGUUAAUGCUGUUUUCCUGGUUCUCGUUGGGGCACUAAUUGUUUUGGAGUCAUUUGAGAGAAUUUUGGAUCCACAAGAGAUAUCAACUAAUAGUUUAUUAACCGUUUCAAUUGGAGGGCUUGUAGUGAAUGUAGUUGGUUUGAUUUUCUUUCAUGAGGAGCAUCAUCAUGCUCACGGUGGAUCUGGAUCAUGCUCUCACUCUCACUCUCACUCUCACUCUCACUCCCACUCCCACUCCCACGCCCAAGCCCACUCCCACUCCCACACUCACCACCAUCACCAACAUUCAAAUCAUAAUGAAGGUCAUGAAAAUCAUCAUGAAUGUAUCACUGUUUCCCAUGACUGCCAUGACAAGGCAUUGACUAGCCCCUGUGACCAUGGUGAACAUGAGCACUGUGACCACCAGGGUCGUGGGAGCUCCAAUUGCCAUAAUGGCCAUCAGCAUACUCAUGAUCACCACUGCAACAAUCACAGUCACGUUGACCAUGACCACCAUGACCAUGCUCACCAUGACCAUGCUCACCAUUACCAUUCUCAUGAUCAUGAACCCCUUGACAAUCACCACGCCCAUGGGAAUUUCCCCCAUACACUUAGCCACUCUUACCAUUCAGACUCUAAAAGAAAUUCUUCCUUGAGAAAUAGUUGUUCCCAACAGAUAUCUAAUGAAGAGGAAUCACAAAAACGCCACCAUCACCACAUUGACCACAACAUGGAGGGAAUAUUUUUGCAUGUACUGGCAGACACAAUGGGAAGUGUUGGAGUUGUUAUAUCCACCCUCCUAAUUAAGUACAAAGGAUGGCUUGUUGCUGAUCCUGCCUGCUCAAUUUUUAUUUCUGUUUUGAUUGUGUCUUCAGUUAUUCCAUUACUCAGGAACUCUGCUGAAAUUCUGCUUCAAAGAGUUCCUAGGGCUCAUGAGCAAGAUCUGAGAGUAGCCGUAAAUGAUAUUAUGAAGAUUAAGGGAGUACGUGGCAUUCAGAACUUGCGUGUUUGGAGUUUUACUAAUACAGACAUUGUUGGGACUCUCCAUCUCCAUGUCUCAGCAGAAACUGACAAGGCUUCGAUGAAGGCGCAGGUUUCACACAUAUUGCACGAUGCAGGAAUCAAGGAUUUAACAAUGCAGGUGGAAUGCAUCAAGUGAUUAAUGUAGUAAAUUUCGAAACGUGUUAAUCUCCCCAAUGAUUCUGGAGGACUGAAUGUGAUCAUAGCCGAAAGUUGUUCCUGAACUCCUGGAGCAAUGUUGUCAAUUGGUGCAAAAUGGAAAGAUAGCUAUUUCUCUUACUGGGCUUGGAAGGCUUUGGCACUCCUUAAAUAGAAGGGUUUUGGCAAGCACUAGUGAGGCUGUAUGCUUUGCUGAAUCUAAGAUGAGUAUUGAUCUUAGAGGAUCAUUCAGCCGUCAUCCACCAGUGAUAAAUUAUAGGCUAGUUUACCAGUGAAGACACGUAAAAGGCUCUGAUGUUUGGACAUGUGACUCGUUAUACUUGCAUUUUGGUCAGAUUUUAUAGUGUUGUUUAAGUUCAACUUGUAAUUUUGAGGAACCAUAUUUAUUCCAUUGCUCUUAAAACCAUAUACAGGAAAACUCUUUUCUUUUCUUCUUUUA